GAGGGAGAGAGAGGGGAGAGAGAGAGAUUGUGUACGUAUGUUUUGUGAGGUUUCCGUUCUUUAGAUGUAGAAGAGAGGGGAAUGAAUAGAAAGACCCUCGUUUUCACCGUCUCUCUCUCUAAGCUCUGUAAAUUAGUCUUAGAUUUUCUCUUCUCCGCCUCUGUUUUCUCUGGAUCUCCUCAUCUCAUCUCAUCACAUCAAUCACCCCGCCCCUCCCGCGGAAGUUUCAUCUUUGUUUGUUGAUUUUGUUUAGGGUAUGUAUCGUGGUCGAGUCGGCGUAGGUGGUGGCGGUGGUGGUGGAUCGAUUAAGUCGGUGGAGGUAAGUGGCCCUUUGGAUCGAAAAAGGAUUGGGGACGCUUUGGAAAAGCACUUGGACAAGACUUCUCCGUCUACUUUCAGGGCUGGUUUGAACGGAAACAGUAAGGAUAAGGAAAGAGGUACUAUGCCGACCACUUCCACCACCGGUAGUAAGUUGCAGCAGCAACUUGAUCAUCGUGACUCUAGAACUGCUUCCACUCUCACUUCCAAGAACAAAUGCUCUGAUGUAGAGGAAUCAGAAACAGAUAGUGAAGAGUCUGAUGUUAGUGGUUCUGAAGGAGACGACACUUCAUGGAUAUCAUGGUUCUGCAAUUUGCGUGGAAAUGAGUUUUUUUGUGAGGUGGAUGACGAAUACAUUCAAGAUGACUUUAAUCUUUGCGGACUAAGCAGUCAAGUGCCUUAUUAUGAUUAUGCACUAGACCUCAUUCUGGAUGUUGAAUCUUCUCAUGAUGGAACAUUCACAGAAGAGCAGAAUGAAUUGGUUGAAUCAGCAGCAGAGAUGUUGUAUGGUAUGAUUCAUGUCCGAUAUAUAUUGACCAGUAAGGGAAUGGCGGCAAUGCUGGAGAAAUAUAAGAGCUAUGAUUUUGGACGAUGCCCUAGCGUUUACUGCUCUGGGCAACCCUGCCUCGCAGUGGGUCAAUCGGAUAUACCUCGUUCAAGCACUGUGAAAAUUUACUGUCCCAAGUGUGAAGAUAUCUAUUACCCCCGUUCGAAGUACCAGGGCAAUAUUGAUGGAGCCUAUUUUGGAACUACAUUUCCACAUUUAUUUCUGAUGACAUACGGGCAUCUGAAGCCACAGAAAACAACUCAGUGCUAUGUUCCAAGGGUGUUUGGAUUCAAGCUCCACAAGCCAUGAAGAAAGAAAAAACGAAAAAAAGUUCUUCGCCUGUUUAGAUCUCUCAAUGGAUUUGACACUACUACUGCUAGCAAAGGGUGUGAUGAACAAAAUUCAACCUUCCAAAAUUUUAUUGUAUAUUAUAACAGGAGGGGAGCAGGUUUGUAUUAUUAAUUCAUCAGGUUGCGAUAAUAGAUAUUUUCUUGUUGUAAUUUUAGUUGAAUCUACUGCAUUUCUCUGUUUUAUUAGUACUGAUUGAUUUCUACAUUCAGUGUUCAUCAUUUGAUUUACUUCUUCAAUUGAGACAUGUUAGAAAACUAUGUUGUAGUUUUUUUAAGUAUAUGCAUAACUUGUUUUUUCA